ACGGUUUGGGCUGCCAUAUCUUGAUAUUCCGCAGGCCCCAUCAUCUCCUUGAAAGGUAGAGUCACUGCCAGCAACUAUGUACAAAAUUUUGGCUAACCAUGUGCACCCCAUGGUGCAGACAUUGUUUCCCGAAGACAGCAACAUUUACCAAGACGAUAAUGCUCCAAUUUACACUGCUGAUGUUGUCAAAUCGUGGUUUAAUGAGCAUGCAGAAAAAUUCUCACACCGCACCCAGGUGCCGCUGUCGCCAGACCUCAAUAUCAUAGAGCCACUAUGGUCAAUUUUUGAGAACAAGUUUUGGGAUAAUUUUCUUCCC